GGGGAGUAUUGGAACUUUAUUUGGGGUCUACCAUUUUGUUGUGGCGCAAAACCCCGGACGUGCAGACCCUUUGUAAGAUGACUGGCGGGUCUCGGGAGGGGCUAGACACAUGAAGCCUAAACAGGAAGACCCAAAGGAAAUGGUGGGGGGCUGCUGCGUGUGCUCGGACGAGAAUGGCUGGACUGAAAACCCUCUCGUGUACUGCGAUGGCCAGGGCUGCAAUGUCGCCGUGCACCAAGCCUGUUAUGGUAUAGUAACAGUACCAACAGGGGCCUGGUUUUGUCGCAAGUGUGAGAGUCAAGAACGUGCUGCUAGAGUUCACUCAGGCGGGAGGCGCAUUUUUUCACAGAGAUGCGAACUGUGCCCGAGUAAAGAUGGGGCGCUCAAGCGCACCGACUCUGGGGGCUGGGCACACGUGGUUUGUGCGCUUUACAUCCCUGAGGUGCGUUUUGGCAACGUCACUACCAUGGAGCCCAUCAUGCUGCAGUUGAUUCCUCAGGAAAGAUUCAACAAGUCAUGCUACAUUUGUGAGGAAAGUGGCAAGGAAAGCAGAGCCGUCAUUGGAGCGUGCAUGCAGUGCAACAAGUCAGGUUGUAAGCAACACUUCCAUGUAACAUGUGCCCAGUCAAUGGGACUCUUAUGUGAAGAAGCUGGCAACUACCUGGAUAAUGUAAAGUACUGUGGCUAUUGCCAGUACCACUUUUCUAAACUGAGGAAAGGAAGCCAUGUGAAGACUAUCCCUCCAUACCGUCCCGUCCCUUUGGAGGCUGGAACUUCAGAUGACGACAAAACCUCUGGCGCAAUUGAUUCCAGAGACCCAAAGUCCAAGAAGAGAACAGGACGUCCCCCUGGUGUCAAACCCGCAGCCAACCGGGAAGGGAAAAUUGGUGACCUUAUAGCACCUGGCAGCAGUGGUAGUGGUUCUAGUGGAACAGUGGAACACCAUGAGCGAGGUCCAUUGGGUGAAGACAGUACUGGUACCACCCCUGGAAGCUCUGGCAUGUCUUUAGGAGCCACCAGUGCUAGUUCCUUACCUUCCACAAUCAAGACUGAAAGAACGACAAAAGUAACAGAACCUAAUACUGGUGUGAGUGCUUCCCAAUCUGUGGCUACUGUGACUAAGACAAUGGCCUCGAUAACAGUCAGUGCUUUUGCCUCAAGCUCAACAUCAAGUGCUCCCCCACCUCAAACAACCUCAUCUCUGACCCCAUCUUUUGUUACCUCACUGCCCUCUGUAGCAGUUCCUUUUACACACACAAAUGUUUCAUCUACAGCAUCACUUUUAACAACAACUCCUUCACUGGCAACCACAGUUUCCAGUUUAGUAUCAUCUGUGUCGUCAUCCAUACCAUCGUCAUUAUCCUCGUCAUUGUCAUCAAUAAUAACAAGUGUGCCAUCCUCUGUUGUGACCACUGUGGCAUCCCUCGCUCGACCCAAACUGUCUGAGCCACAGAACCCAAGCACAACCCCUCAUGAGAGCUCCAGCCAACACCCCCUGUCACACAACCACUCAACAAGCCAGGUACAUCCUUCCCUAUCUGCUGAAGGAGAGAAGGAUAAAGACAAGCAGCAGGAACGUAACAGAAAAUUGCGCCGAAAUGGGCCGAGGACUCCAAGUGGAAAUAGUAAUUUUGGAGACACUGAAUCAAUUGUUUCCAAUGAUGAAGCCCAGUCCAGUGAUUUAGUGCUUAAUAUAUGUGAAGAAAAAAAUCUUAGUGUUGAAAAAGAAUCAAACAAAGUGCCAAGUAAACCUUUAGAUUCCUCAGAUGAUGGUGGAAGCUUGAAUGUGCAGUUCACUCCAAACAUUGGCUCAAAAAGUGUAUCUGAUCCUUUCACGCCAACUCUAGCUGACUUCAGUACUAAUGAGCCAGUGAAGAGGAGAAGGUCUUAUAGUCAAGAGAGAGGAAGGAGAUCAAAGCGAGGAAUGAGUAAACGUGGCCGCCCUGGAGGAGGCCGGGACACGGGUGGAAGAGACUCUGGGGCCUCCUCCCCAGACUCCUUCACUAGCGAGUCCGCGCCAGCUCCAAAACGAGGAAGGAAGAAAGUGGAUUCUAAAGAGUCACUUACAUCAGUGAUAACCAACGGUGUAGGAGCCAAUACUCUUCUGCUGGGGAACCAACUUAACCCUUCAUCAGCUGUUGCUCAGAAGAUGACUGAUACCCUCCAUGCUGAGCUUGAAGCACACUCCAUUUACAAAGAUGAAGACAAGAUUAGCAACAUGUUGGUCGGGCCAUCACUCCCUGGGAAAAAAGAGAGUUUCUUUUCUCUCAUACAGAAUACCAAUGGUAGCAGCAACUUGGCAACUAGCAACCAACCUCCCCCCUUUCCCCAAAGUCUGGAGCAGCUUUUGGAGCGGCAGUGGGAGCAAGGCAGCCAGUUUCUGAUGGAGCAAGCUCAGCAUUUUGACAUUGCAUCACUGUUGUCCUGUCUACAUCAGCUGAGGCAAGAAAAUGUUCGCUUAGAAGAAACUGUGAGCUCUCUAAUAUCACGGAGGGAUCAUCUUCUGGCUGUCAAUGCGCGUCUCUCGGUUCCUCUCAGCUCUCCAACACCCGCCAGCACCUCAUCCCCAGUGGGAACUAACCCUACCCCUCCUUCAGUGUCUGCCACUUCAUCUAACUCUUCAUCAUCAACACCGUCUUCAGUCCCUGCUCUCACAACAUCAGUCAACUCCCACAACAUAAAUCCUCGGCCAUCAAGUCGGGGCUCAGCUCCAGCGCCCCUUCCUCCUCGCCCUCAUUCUCAGGGACACCAUCAGUCUGGAGCUGGCAGCCACACAGUAGCCCCACCUGGGGGAGGUGGAGGACACAGAGGGGCAUCUCCACAUGAUAGAAGAGGACCAUCACCACAAGACAGGAGAGGCACUUCACCCCAUGAUAGGCGGGCUCCGCCUCCUCAGGUUCCAGUUGAAAAUGGCCUUGGGGAGCAAGAGUAUCGCUAUCGAAGUCCUGGUACAGAGCACAGACAGCAAUCCCCCAUGCUACCCCCUGGGGCCCAGCCAAGUCCUACUACAUCUCUCAGGCACAGUCCAGCUGGAGGCAACUACCAUUCAAGUGUCUCUCCACAUGGAGUUGGCUCCCCAAGUCCUUCUGGUGUCCCCCAUGGUCAUCCUCCUUCCUCCCAUGGUCCACCUCCCCAUCACUCCAUGCCUCCAUCACAUGGACCUUCAGCUCAUGGCCAGGGACCCCUCAGCCAUGGGUCACCACAUGGACCUCCUCCCCAUGGAGCCCCUCCACAUGGGCCCCCACCACCAAUGGUGUCUGUGGCUCCAACCUCAGCUCACAGUGUAGCCAUUAGCAGACAGUCAGACCAUCGUGGAGAGAUGGUGAGAUUACACCAAGGACCCCCAGCACCGCCCCAACACUCGGGCCCCAACCUUGGACCUGGCGGCUACUCAGUGUACCAGAUGGUGUCUCCAGUGCCUGGGCCACACCACUCCCCAGUGCCACCCAUGAGCCAGCCUCACCCACCACCUCAUGCCCAAGUGAUGCGUCGUGACCUAGUUGAGUCUGGUCGGGGGGCAACUGGGAACAUGGAGAAGAGAUGACACAGAGACUCCUGGGCUAGGACUAGAAGAUAACAGCUCCAGAUAUCUCUUUUAUGAGCCUGGGCCUGUAGUAAGGGAGAAGAGUAGUAGCCUUAUUCUUAACUGUAUGCUCCUGGUGAAAAUUUGAGUAUGGGAUAACCACCACUCAUUAAGUAUUCACAAUCCAGUAACUGGCAAACCAAGGUGAACCACUUGAACCUCUUGCAUGUUGAGACUGGACUUAUGGUAACCCAAGACUGUGUAUUUAGAAAACUUGAUCAAGGUUUUUAAUGGAAUCCCUCGAAAGACAGUUUGAUUCCUGGUGAAAAUGAGUGCUGUACUCUUUGAAACCCCAUGUAGAGGUGUUGUAGUCAGUUCAAGAAGUAAGGUGACAAUGGCUUAACUUCAUUAGUAGAAUUUGAAACCUUGUGUUUUCAGUUUAUUGGAGGAGAGCUGUUGUACGUAGAAAGUUUCUCUCACUGGUGCAUGAAGAGCCAAACGAUAUUUUCCAGCCCCGGUGGCAGUUGAGAGUGAGAUUGUUUUCAUACUGUAGUGUAUACUAAUCAUACCUACAUUUUAAGACUCCCCAUGUGUUUUAUUGAUGUUUUUACAUAUAAGUCUAAUUAUGGUUAUGGUUAUUAGUAAAGUACAAAUGGCAUUGGCAGACUUGCAGGAUUUUGUUUAUCAAGCUGGAAUUCAAUUAAAAGUUUUUAUAUUCAAUCUGAGCUGGAACAUCCUUGGCAAAGAUCAAAAUAGGUGCAUCACAUCCUCAAGUAAUGCAAGGGUCAUGUUUUCAGCAUUCUGAUGUAGAACACCGCUGCAUCGCAUUGAACUGUAGGUAGAUGUAAAAAUAGUUGCCUAGUGUAACCUGGGGAUAUGUAUAUCAUGGCCCACCUUGAAAGUUCAGUGACUCUACUUCUUUUUCUAGUGUUUCAUUCAUUCAUCUUUGAUGCCUGCUCCUAGGAGCUCCCACCUUCAUCUGGGCUCAUAGGUAACGCUACAAAAUUUUAUUAAUAACGGCAGGCUUGUAUGCAUAUCUGUAAAAGUGAGAUCUGCAAGAACAAUGGUGGAAAGGCUUGCACAAAUGGCAGAAAAUAAUAGAAGAAAUAUUCCUCCAAAAGUGUUACUUGAGGAUGUGGUUUACCAACGAGGAAUGGACAUCAACCUGGGGAUGAUAGUUUGUUAGUUGCCUGAGCGGUGGCUGUUUGCUUGAACGUUAUAUGUGGACCAAUUUUAAAGUGAAGCUUACUAAAUUAAAAGUUUUUACAUAUUUUAUUUAAGGCUGUACCUACUUUCAUCAUGUAGAUAAUAAUAAUAAUGAUAAUAAUAAUAAUAAUAAUAAUAAUAAUAAUAAUGAUUAUAAUAACACUGUAUUCUGAGUGGAUCCAUGCACUAUGUUUACCACCUGGUUCCCUACAAAUUACACAGUGGUUUGUGACGUCACCAGUUUUAGCCCUUUUGCACCUGUACAUUUCUGUAGUAUCAAUGCAAAAGUAUUAUGGAAUUUUAUCUAGACAAGGUUCUGUCAUUCGUUUGUGUUCCUGCCUGAGACUGGGGGAACAGUGUCUCAGAAAAAAAGAAGUUCCUUGUCUUAAUAUUAGGAUUUAUAGUAAAAUUACAUGGGCAAGCUUGUAAAUAUAAGUCUUAUGGAUCCUUCUCAUGUUAUUUAUAUAUUGUAUAGAUGAUAAUGACCUGGCCCAUAUUGACCUCAGUACAAUUAGCUUAGUGCUGACACCAGUUAUGCAGUUUUUGUACGGCAAGUAGAUAGAUUCAACAACAAUAAAAUGUGGUUAAUUUGUUGGGAUAGAGGAGUUUCUGAAGGUGACUUCCUUUUUGUCUUUUACCAAGUAUCCUGUAUUUCUAGUGGUCCAGAGGUCAUAAAUCUUCUGUUUGGUACUGAGUGCUGGUGACCUAGUGACCUUUAGGGAGUCCUACAAGUCCUUUCAGCCAUGCAAGUUAUCACUGAAUGUUUGUCAUUUAAACCAUAAGUUGUCAGGGGCAUAGUCAGAAUGAGUGCAGUGUUCCAUUAUGUACAUUAGUUGCCUCAACAAAAUUUCUCUAAUAGAUAAAGUCUGAUAUUCAUACAGAAUUUUGGAUAAUAACAGAGGACUUCAUAGGUGGAUACUAAUUCUUUUAUUCAUGGGUUGAAGCUAGAAAAUUAUCAGUGUUUAUUACUAUUAUUAUUAUUAUUAUUAUUAUCACCGUCAUCAUUAUUUUAGCAAAAUCAGAGGGCGAGCCAUGCUGACAUGUCAGAAAUUUUUGAGAUAUAUGUAUGCAGAGGCAUGAAAGUCAUUAGGAAAAUGGAGAGAAAUUUUAACACUGACAUAAAUAAUGAAACUUAUGAAGUGAUGAAAAAAUUUCAGUAUCUGAAUCAUGAUUAGUAGGAGAUUUUUUGUAAAAAAUACUCUGAGGCAUGUUGCAUUAUUACAACAAUGAGCAAAGAAGUAUAUCCAACUAACCAGGAAGGCAAAAAGUAGAGUAUAAAGAUUUUAUCAUCGUCAUAAUAAUUGGUCAAUGAGCCUGUUCCACAGAGACAGGGUGGAUAGUCAGAAAAAUCAAUAUGAUGAUUUUAAAAGUCAAGGAGGUAGUGUAUAAGCUACAUCCCGAUUAGUUAUCUCCUUCAACACAAAUGUAGAACAUUCUUAAUCCCUACUUUUCAAGAAUAAGCUGGACUUACCUGCAAUUUCAAAUUGGAGACCCAUUGAGCCCAACAACCAUACUCUAAUGAUUCAGCUUAUGAUACAUACCACAAGUUUCCAACUGUUUGAACUUUUUUACCCAUUAAUUACACUUCAUUACACCACACAUUGAUUUAAACACUUAACAUUCUCCAAAACACUAACAACUUAAGCUAACGGCAGCUUCUCAGAGGGGUAGCAGUCUUUCGUAGUCCUAGCAGAUAUACAUAGUCUUAGCUGCCUAGCUCAGGAAGGCCUUCAACCAUAGCAGGAGCUAUGGGAUGAAAGGUUAGUCACUUAAAGGUGUCUGCCAUACCCAGGUUUCAAAUUUAGAACCUCAGUUGUGUGUAAAGCACACCCUCAUUUCACAACAGGCUGCCAAGGUAGUGACCCAAGUAGAGGUGAAGGAAGAACCAAAAGGCACUGCAGGUUGGGUGUAAAACAAUAACUUAAGAAUGUGGCUAUGAAAUCCAUGAGUGAUUUGUGUGAUAAUUUAGUUUGGCAUGUCAAAAGUAAAAGUAAAUCGGAGGUAAGCUGAGACUUCAUUCCAGCAUCCAGGGAAGCUUUUAAGUUGUGGAUAUAAGGUAAAAGAGCAUCACAUGCUCUCUAAAGAAUGAAAUAAACCCCUGUCAGGGAUCAGACAACUUUAUUAGCACUCAAGUACUACAGAACAAAAUCAUGUAGGCUGGUUUCUUGUUUCCCAUGAUUUUAUAACAAAAGAAUUUCUGUGUUGCACGUAUUCAGGGAAUGCAUUUAAAUGGUUUAUGUACCUUAAAGAAAAUAAUAGUGUUGCUUGUUGGGAAUGUGCCUGAAAAUAUUUAAUGAAUGUAUUUUGAAAGUAAAUUCUCUUCCCAAGAGGUAGCUAUAUACAUAAUAGACACUAAUUAUAACAUGGAACUGAGUGCUGCUAAGAGUAUGAUUGAUUUGACCUAAGGAAGAGCAGCUAAUAUUGAUUUUUAAAUUUACAAAGUAGUAUUGACAAUGUUUACACAAAUAAUUUGUCAAGGCUGACUGGAACGUCCCCAGAAAAGAUGUUAAUGUUCUCCUUCAAUAGAUGUGCUAAGCACUACUAUUUCUGUGCUCCUUCAGAUAGAUUCUAUGCUAAUCUGAAUAUAACUCCCCCUCCAUUCUGUGUAUUUUGUACCUGAAGCUCAAGUGUAUUUUGGAUUUAGUUGAAUUUUGUUGAUGUUAUUUAUGAAUUGCUGUUGUGCAUAAAAGGUGUAAUUUAUUUUCAUCUGUUUAUUAUAUUUAUGUAAUGUUAUUCAUUUUAAGUUGUUUAUUAGUUUGUUUAUCAUUUAAGAAUACUUUUAAGACUAAGUGGAUGACAACACUGCUCAAACUCCAAGUAACAGUUCAUAAUAGUAAAGUUUUCACAUGAGCUCUUUCAUAGACUGAGGAUGUAGCUGCCAAUGUUUAGAACCAGCUGUUAAACAGUUUUCAUAUUUAUGUAACCUAGAGGAGAAAGAACAUGAUUUUUUUUAAUUAGCUAUGAAAUGUUCUUGACAUAAACAUUGCGUUUAUUCAAACAAAUUGUUCUUUAUAUAAGGAUUGACUCAAGCCUUCGGUUUUAUAAAACUUUUUAAGCUCUGAUGAUUUUUAACACAAUUGUCAUUCUUACUAGGACUGACUAAGUUUUUAAAAUAUAAAAGGCUUUUGAGAUUUUUUAUAUGAUUACAUACGGUUAUAAAUGGAAAGUGUGUUCUAUAUAAAGUCUAUGAUUGAGUCAUACAUGCACACAGUGCAGUGAGACUUACACUUCAGAGAUGUUAAAGGCACAGCUGUUCUCUGUGGCUUGAUGUUGUUGGCCAGUGCUGUCAGUGGAUAUGUAUCAAAGUGUACCUCAUCCUAACUUGUGGCUUGUAAAAAGACAUCAUGCCAAAUGGGAAGGAGCCAUAGGUCUCAUCUCAGAAACUUGAGGUUAUGUAGUGUGACUAGCAUGGAGAAUGUUGUAAUGUAGUAAUUUGCAAGCCAUCAGGGAAUCAAAGUACAAACUUGUCCUCUGGAAAGAAAAUGUACUUCAUGAUUUACUCAGUGAUUUUGGAGCUGUAGAUAGUCUUUCAUUAAAGCUUGUUGUAU